AUGUCAAGACAGAGAAACAUAGCUUCUUCAGGUGGUGAAGGUAAGCCUGAACUAAGUUCGAGUGAUGAAGAGCUACAAAUUGACGUUAAAGAAAAAUAUAAUCAUCAUUCUCAAGAUUCCAUCUUCACAUCAUUAAAUCUUGAUGAAUCAAGCAUCAUAGACGGGGCAUUUGAAUUGUUCAAAUUACUUAUACAGACAAUCUAUUCGGUCUUACCAUUCUUUAUUAUAUUUUACCUAUAUUCAAUAUAUCAAACAAAUGAGGAACAUUUCUAUGCACCAGAUUUCCCCAAUUCAUUACAUUCAAGUUCAAUAGAUUCACUUAAUGAUAUUGGUGUGGAAUUUUAUGAUUUAGCAGAUUUCAAAUCAACAGGUAAUGGUUGGCAAAAUAAUGAACGUGUUUUGUUUUUAGUUCCAUUAAGAGAUGCCUCAGCUCAUUUACCAAUGUUUUUCAGUCAUAUGAAGAAUUUAACAUAUCCUCAUAAUUUAAUUGAUUUAGCAUUUUUAAUUUCUGAUACUUCAGAUUCUACAAUCCCUGAUUUGAAAAGUCAUUUGAAAACAAUCCAAGCAGAUUCUGAUAAAUCAAAGAGAUUUGGUAGAAUUGAUAUUUAUGAAAAAAAUUUUGGACAAAUUGUUGGUCAAAGUUUUAGUGAUCGUCAUGGGUUUGCAGCUCAAGGUCCAAGAAGAAAAUUAAUGGCAAUUGCAAGAAAUUGGUUAUUAACCACAGCAUUAAGACCUGAUCAUUCAUGGGUUUAUUGGAGAGAUGCAGAUGUUGAAACUGUUCCUGCUACAAUCAUUGAAGAUUUAAUGCAUCAUGAUAAAGAUGUUAUUGUGCCAAAUAUUUGGAGACCUUUACCAGAUUGGUUAGGUUCUGAACAAGCUUAUGAUUUGAAUUCAUGGCAAGAAAGUGAAGGUGGUGUUGAGUUAGCUGAGCAAUUAGAUGAAGAUGCAGUUAUUGUGGAAGGUUAUCCUGAAUAUGCCACAUGGAGACCUCAUUUAGCUUACCUAAGAGAUCCUUAUGGUGAUGAAGAAGUUGAAAUUGAAUUAGAUGGUAUUGGAGGUGUUUCAAUUUUAGCAAAAGCAAAUGUUUUCAGACAAGGUGCAAUGUUUCCAGCUUUUUCAUUUAAAAAACAUGCAGAAACUGAAGCUUUUGGUAAGUUAUGUAAAACUAUGGGAUUUAAUGUUAUUGGAUUACCACAUUAUGUUAUAUGGCAUAUUUAUGAACCUUCCACUGAUGAUUUAAAACAUAUGGAAUGGUUAGCAAAUGAAGAAUUAAGACAACGUGAAUAUGAAAAGAAUAAAGUUGUUUAUGAUAAAGCAUGGAAAUUAGCAUUUGAAGAUGUUAGUGAUCAAUGGCGUGAAGAAAAAUUUAAUGUUUUCAAAAAUACUGAUUUAUCAAGAUUAAAAAUUGGUAGUGUUGAUUGGGAUGAAGUUGAUGAAUAUCUUGCAGAAGUUGAUGAAUUUGAAGAUUUAAGA